AUGGAGGAGUGCAUGGUCGCCCUCGGCGGCGCGGGGUACAUGGCAGAGAACGCGCUCGGGAGGCUCAUCCAGGACGCGCUCGUCGAGAAGAUCUGGGAGGGCACCGUCGCCGUGCUCGCGUUGGAUCUCGUGCGCGCGGUGUCCCGCGCCCCCGCCGCGCUCGACGCGUUCGCUGCCUGGGCCGAGGAGGUGCUGUCGUCGUGCCCUGCGGAUCUGCGCAGUGCGCUUGCCGCGCCGCUCACGUCACUGCGUGCUGCGCUCCGCGAGCUCGCCUCGGCGUACGCCGCGCCCCUCGCGCCACUGGUCCCGCGGCCUGCACUGUUCCUCUUCUCGCACAUCGCGUCGGGCUUGUUUCUGCUUGAGCACGCCGUGUGGGCGUGCGGGGCAGGAGAGGCGUCCGCGCCGACCGAUGUCGAGGUGUUCGUGCGCUGGGUCGACGAGGGCGGGCUCGCCGCCGCGAGGGACGACGUGAGGAGGGCGCAGGCGGCGGAUGGUGAGCGGUUGCGUGUGAAUGGGGACAUUGUGUAUGGCGCACGGUGCGAUCCUGGGUCUACAGGAGGCGGGCCCGCGAGAGCCCGCCUCUAA